CAUUUCAUGAAAUUUUCUGCGUUGUAUUUAACACAAAACUGAAUUUCUGGUUGCAAUUCUUGAAUUUUGUUUCUCUUAUAUUAAUAUAUGCAGUUUGUGUUUUUAAGGUUAUCCUUUUAUAUUAUCAGAUAUUUCUGACAGAAAAAAUUCUGCAGAUGUGAUAGUUUGUGCUUUGUUGAGGUCUGAAAAUGAAGAAUGGUGUAUGGGUCUUGAAUGUUUGUUUGAUUAAUAUUAUUUAAAAGUAGUUUAGUAUCCAUAAAACAGCGCAGAAAACACUAGAAGAAUCUUCUCAAUGCAGCCUUUGGAAUUGCUUUUUGAUUUUGCAAGUUUGUUAUUACUGGUAGUUUCCACAAUGGAUCUGGCUAAUGUGUACACGGUAGAAUUUUCGACGAGAGAAUGAACUAAAACAGAGAAAAUUUUUCUGGGAUGUUGAUGUUAGAAAUCCUUGGAGAUUCAUUCUCUUCACAAAAAACAGGAGGUAGAACCACUAAAGAUUACUUUCUGUUAUGUUGGCUCACUCAAGAAAAGGCAAAUCCCUUAAAUUACACCAUAGUUCCUCGACUGUUGGUCCUCCCAUUAUUCCUACUGUAUGAAAGGAUAUUAGGGUGCCGGUUUUUGGUGUGAGAAAUACCUUGUACUUGGGAAAAUUUGCAGCAUCUGAGUAACAUGAAUCUGCUGCUGAGGUUCUGAAAUCUUGCAAAAAAAGUGAAAGGUUUGGGAUUUCAUUUAGUUGUGUAAACAUGGCUAUGGCUCCUAUUGUAAAAGUGGUUCUCGGCUCAAUUGCCUUUGCCAUAUUCUGGGUUUUGGCAGUUUUCCCAGCUGUUCCACUCAUGCCCAUUGGGAGGACAGCUGGGUCUCUCCUUGGGGCAAUGCUUAUGGUCAUUUUUCGAGUCAUAACACCAGAUCAAGCAUAUGCGGCUAUUGACCUUCCAAUCCUAGGUCUUCUUUUUGGGACAAUGGUAGUCAGUGUCUAUCUUGAAAGAGCGGAUAUGUUUGUGUACUUGGGUAAAUUGCUCUCCUGGAAAAGCAAGGGAGCAAAGGACUUGCUUUGUCGAAUCUGCCUGAUUUCUGCCAUUUCCAGCGCCUUUUUUACUAAUGACACAUCUUGUGUUGUUUUGACUGAAUUCGUGCUCAAAAUUGCUCGGCAGCAGAAUCUCCCUCCUCACCCAUUCCUAUUAGCCCUUGCGUCGAGUGCAAAUAUCGGGUCAUCGGCAACCCCUAUCGGCAAUCCUCAAAACUUAGUUAUAGCUGUUCAGAGUAAGAUUUCUUUUGGGAAUUUUUUAUUUGGUAUUUUCCCGGCAAUGUUUGUAGGAGUUAUUGUCAAUGCUUUGAUCCUGCUCUGUAUGUAUUGGAAGUUGUUAUCUGUUCAUAAGGAUGAAGAAGAUGCCACUAUGGAAGUCGUCACUGAAGAAGACGUAACCUCACAUCGUUUUUCUCCUGCAAAGUUGUCUCACCUCACAUCUUCAAAUUCUCAAGAAUGGAAUUCUGAACUGGAAUCUAUAAAUAUUUACAGCUCUUCAAAUCCCAUUGGUCCUACAAAUCAUAGUGAGACUAUUAGAAACCGAGGGACUUUGAUUGAGAGUGAUAAUAUUCAUGUCUCUCCAAAUGUAAAUAGUUAUACGAGUCAGGUUGAGACACUCGGGAAUGGUGGCAAUCCCACUGAAAGUGAAAUUCAUAAGGUUCCGAGUUUGCAAUCUGAAUCCGUUAGGCAUUCAAAUUCUUCGAAAGAAACUGCAGAUGAUGGAUCCAUGUCUUCAAAAUGUAUUCCAUCUUUGAACGGUAGUGAACACCAAAACUCUGCAUCACCAAAAAAGUGGAAAAGAAUUUUGUUGAAGACGUGUGUUUAUCUUGUUACCAUAGGAAUGCUAGUUGCUUUGCUGCUCGGUCUAAAUAUGUCCUGGACUGCAAUUACAGCUGCACUUGCCCUAGUUCUUCUUGAUUUUAAAGAUGCAGGACCGUGUUUAGAAAAGGUAUCCUAUUUGCUCUUGAUAUUCUUUUGCGGAAUGUUUAUUACAGUCGAUGGCUUCAACAAAACCGGAAUUCCAAGCAACCUGUGGGAUUUCAUGGAGCCUUAUGCAAAAAUAGAUCAUAUCAGGGGAAUGGCAGUUUUAGCUGCUGUCAUAAUUGUGCUCUCAAAUUUGGCAUCAAAUGUACCUACAGUUCUACUGCUUGGAGCACGAGUGGCAGCUUCUGCUGCAGUAAUAUCGCCUGCCAGUGAGAAGAAAGCAUGGCUUGUCUUAGCUUGGGUGAGCACGGUUGCAGGGAAUCUCUCUCUUUUGGGAUCAGCUGCCAACUUAAUAGUGUGUGAACAGGCCCGUCAAGCUCACCAUGGCUACAAUUUAAAAUUUUGGAGUCACCUCAAAUUUGGAGUUCCCUCUACUAUUAUUGUAACAGCUAUUGGUUUGACUUUGAUAAGAGCAUGACACCUUGUGAUCAAUCUGAGGUUCUCUAGUAAAUUCAAUUAUGCUGAUACAAGGAUUCUGAUGAACAAGAAUAAUUUAGAUUUUUCGCAAAAUCAUUUAAAACUGAGAAACUACAUGUUAUCUUCUUUA